UUAAACAUAAGGUGUGUCAAAGAGAUUUGCAUACAAAUUAGAGGAUAAACUAUGUAUUAAAUCUUUUUUUUUAUCCUUUUCUUUUUUUGUUUAUUGGGGAUGGUUCAGUGGUAGGAGUUGCUACUAAAUUGUUGGAGAGAGUUUGCCUAUAGGAUUUAAUUUGGAGUAACAUGUUUAUCUUGCUCAUGUUUAAACGUGCUAAAUUAUGAUCUUUGUCGACUCGAUUCUGCAAGUUGAAUUCAGAAUGAUCAUUAAAUUAUUGAGUUAAAAUGAGCUAAAUAGUCUAACUACAGGUAAAAAAAACACCCAAACAUAUAAAAUAAAAUCUGAGCUUUAAGAAUUACGUAAACUUGGAAAAACAUAAGCUGAUAAUUUCAAUAAAUACACUAACUUUCACAUUUUGUUCAAAAGCAAAAUUAAGAAGGAAGUAGGGUGUGGGUCAUGCUAGGUGAAUUUACUCGUUAUUUGACCUACUUAACACAACAUAAAAUAUUUCUUUACACCAUUAAUGCAACAUAUAUAACCUAUUAUAAACAGUUAAUUGGUAGCCUUACCUAUAAAAUGCCUGGUAAUAUCACUCAAUUAGCAUGCAUACCUUAAAUUCUUUUCAACAUGGCAAAUUGCAAUGAAAAUGGAGUUGCACAUUCUGGCUCCAACUUGCAAAUUGAAGCAAUCCAAUCAGUGAUGCCAACGAAGUCAACUGAUCCAAGAUUAAUUCGGCAAGUCCUCAUUGGUGAAAAUCCUGGCUCAAGCAAUUUUCAAAGGCGUUUUCACAUGGUCUUUUGCUACAACAAGGCGUCAGAGACAGAUUCAGGGUGGAUGGUUGCUGGGUGGAUUAGGGAGUCACUAGGAAGGACACUUGAUGAAAAUCCAUUACUUGCUGGUAGACUUAGAAGAAAAGGAGAAAAUGAUACUAAUGGAGAGUUUGAAAUUGUAUCAAAUGAUUCUGGUGUUAGAUUGAUUGAAGCUAAAGUGCCAAUGAACUUGGCGGAUUUUCUUGAUCUUAAGGACAAGGAAAAUGUAGAAGCUGAGCUUGUCUUUUGGGAGGAUAUUCAUGAACCAAAUCCUCAGUAUUCACCACUUUUUUAUGUCCAGGUGACAAAUUUCAAUUGCGGAAGAUACUCAAUUGGGAUAAGCUGCAGCCUUUUCUUAGCAGAUCCCUAUGGCAUGACUAGUUUCUUGAAUAGGUGGUCCAAAAUUCACAUCAACAUGGUAUCAGAAGCAGAUAUGCCCAAAAUUCCGACAUUUUUCUUACCAAAUCUUAGGAAAACAGGUUGUUCGCCAACUUUACCCUCGAGUUCGAACACAUGUACUAACCAAGUUAAGGAAACGUUAAUCUUUAAAUUACCCUCGAAGUUCUUGAAUUUAAGAGAUGAUAUCCACAAGAAUCUUGCAGAAAAAUGUGUUGAAGAAGCAGAAGAUAAACUUGGUAAGAAAUUGUCUUCAAAAUUCUGUUUGUUUGUUAGAGAAAACUCACAGGAUAUUAAGGCGGAAACAUUUUCUAGAGAAGGGAUUGUGCCGUUUGGUAAUAUUGAUACUGAAUUAGUUUCAGCUAAUUGGGUUGGUUUGAAAUUAGCUGAUAGCAUAAGGUUUAGUGAAGAAAAUAAGGCUGUCCACUUUUCAUGUUGGAUUGUUAAUUCAGGCAAUGAAGAUCUUGUGUUGAUUACUCCAUCUGAUAUUGGUGACGAAGGUGGUUCUGGAAAGAAUGUUAUAGUUAUAGUUUAGAUAUUAAUCUUUCCAUCGAGAGCAUGUUUACUCUGGACUAUUCAGCACGAAUCCAAAUUAGUCGAGCCCCGCAAAUUUCUAUCAAAAAAUUGUAUGGUUGCUUCCCC